CUUACAAUCUCUUCUGUGAGUAUAGCCUCUCUCUCUCUCUCUCUCUCUCUCUCUCUCUCUCUCUCUCUCUCUCCCUCUCUCCUCCCUCUUCCCCCUUCUCUUCAUUCCCCACUUUCUGUAGUGACUCAUCACACUAUGUGUCUGGGACAUUCUGAAAUCAAAGUCACGCGUGAUUGAAACCACCUCACCGUCUUUUGCGAUAUCUAUUUCGAGCAGGAGGGAUACCUGACUAACAAACUUUGCCAGAAUCAAAGCCAUUUUCCCUUCUCACCAUCACCAUGUCUGCCGAGACUUUCGAGUUCCAGGCUGAGAUCUCUCAGCUCCUGUCGCUGAUCAUCAACACCGUCUACUCCAACAAGGAGAUUUUCCUGCGUGAACUGAUCUCCAACGCCUCCGAUGCUCUGGAUAAGAUUCGCUAUGAGUCUCUGUCGGACCCCUCCAAGCUCGACUCGGGCAAGGAUCUCCGUAUUGACAUCAUCCCCAACAAGGAGGCCAAGACUCUUACCAUCCGUGACACCGGUAUUGGUAUGACCAAGGCUGACUUGAUCAACAACCUCGGUACCAUCGCUCGCUCCGGUACUAAACAGUUCAUGGAAGCCCUCUCCGCUGGUGCUGAUAUCUCCAUGAUCGGUCAGUUCGGUGUCGGUUUCUACUCCGCCUACCUGGUUGCCGACCGCGUCACUGUCAUCUCCAAGAACAACGAUGACGAGCAGUACAUCUGGGAGUCCGCUGCCGGUGGUACCUUCACCCUCACCCAGGACACCGAGGGUGAGCAACUCGGCCGUGGCACCAAGAUCAUCCUUCACCUGAAGGAUGAGCAGACCGACUACCUCAACGAGAGCCGCAUCAAGGAGGUUGUCCGCAAGCACUCCGAGUUCAUCUCCUACCCCAUCUACCUCCACGUCCUCAAGGAGACCGAGAAGGAGGUUCCCGAUGAGGAGGCUGAGUCCAAGGAGGAGGAGAGUGACGAGAAGAAGCCCAAGAUCGAGGAGGUCGAUGAUGAGGAGGAGGAGAAGAAGGAGAAGAAGACUAAGACCGUCAAGGAGAGCAAGAUCGAGGAGGAGGAGCUUAACAAGACUAAGCCCAUCUGGACCCGCAACCCCGCCGACAUCACCCAGGAGGAGUACGCUGCCUUUUACAAGUCCCUCUCCAACGACUGGGAGGACCACCUGGCUGUUAAGCACUUCUCCGUUGAGGGUCAGCUCGAGUUCCGUGCCAUCCUCUAUGUUCCCAAGCGGGCUCCCUUUGACCUCUUCGAGACCAAGAAGACCAAGAACAACAUCAAGCUCUACGUCCGCCGUGUCUUCAUCACUGAUGAUGCUACCGACCUCAUCCCCGAGUGGCUCAGCUUCGUCAAGGGUGUUGUUGACUCUGAGGACCUUCCUCUCAACCUGUCCCGUGAGACUCUCCAGCAGAACAAGAUCAUGAAGGUCAUCAAGAAGAACAUUGUCAAGAAGACUCUCGAGCUCUUCACCGAGAUCGCUGAGGACCGUGAGCAGUUCGACAAGUUCUACUCUGCCUUCAACAAGAACAUCAAGCUCGGUAUCCACGAGGAUGCUCAGAACCGCCAGACCCUUGCCAAGCUCCUCCGUUACCAGUCCACCAAGUCUGGUGAUGAGUCCACCUCCCUUGCUGACUACGUCACUCGCAUGCCCGAGCACCAGAAGCAGAUCUACUACAUCACUGGCGAGUCCAUCAAGGCUGUUGCCAAGUCUCCCUUCCUCGACAGCCUUAAGCAGAAGAACUUCGAGGUUCUUUUCCUGGUUGACCCCAUUGAUGAGUACGCCUUCACUCAGCUGAAGGAGUUCGAUGGCAAGAAGCUUGUCGACAUUACCAAGGACUUCGAGCUCGAAGAGACCGAGGAGGAGAAGGCCGAGCGCGAGAAGGAGGAGAAGGAGUAUGAGUCCCUCGCUAAGAGCCUUAAGAACAUCCUUGGCGACAAGGUCGAGAAGGUUGUUGUCUCUCACAAGCUCGUUGGUGCCCCUUGCGCCAUCCGUACUGGUCAGUUCGGUUGGUCCGCCAACAUGGAGCGUAUCAUGAAGGCCCAGGCUCUCCGUGACACCUCCAUGAGCUCUUACAUGUCUUCUAAGAAGACCUUCGAGAUUUCUCCCAAGUCUUCUAUCGUCAAGGAGCUCAAGAAGAAGGUCGAGGCUGAUGGUGAGAGCGACCGCACUGUCAAGUCCAUCACCCAGCUUCUCUUCGAGACCUCCCUUCUUGUCUCUGGUUUCACCAUUGAGGAGCCCGCCAGCUUCGCUGAGCGCAUCCACAAGCUCGUCUCUCUUGGUCUGAACAUCGACGAGGAGGCCGACACCACCGAGGAGAAGGGUACCGAGGAGGCUGCGCCUGCUGCCGCCGCCGGCGAGUCCUCCAUGGAGGAGGUCGACUAAACGUCGAGCGCAAAGAUUUUCCCCAUUACGAAGCUUACAUGCGUUUGAUGACCCUCUAUAGUUCCGGCGGUAUUAGCCUCAGGGAUCUACUUGUUAAUCACUGAAUCGGUAUUGCUUUCUAAUAGGAACAGCGAAGGACCUCCCCUUGUUUAUUCUCUUCGUUUAUUACCCUACCACCUUGAUUCACGAUGUGAAUUCUUUCG